AUGUACAACACUCAUCGCGGGAUGGUGCCCGCCCCCAACUCCCGCCUGACGGAGUUGCUGGACCAACUGCGCCAGGAGUUUGAGAGCCAGUCCCGGAACACUGGUGAGUUUGAGCAUCAGUUGACUGGACAGCUCCAGGAAAUGGAGAUGAUCCGUCAGAAGGUCUACCAGUUGGAGCAGGCGCAGAUCAAGAUGAAACAGGACUACGAGAGCGAAAUCCGACUGUUGCGACAUGAACUCGAGUCGCGCGGUGUCCAACCCAUCCCUUCGCACAUGGGCGCUUCCGCGCAGCACACGGGUCCUGCUCAGGCUCCCCCGCCUGCUCUGGGCCAUGGUCCCAGCAACUUGUUUGGUGGCAUCAUGGCCAACCAAGGAGGUAGUGGUCCCGGUCUUGCCCCUCCCAAUUCCCAGGAUCAGCAGCGGCCUCCCCAGCAUACCCUUCAACAGCCUGCUCCAGCUGCCCAGCCCGGUGCGCCGCAGCAUUCGCAGAGCUCUUUUGGGGGAUAUCAACCUGGCCCUGCUGUGAAUGGCUAUGGACCUCCGCCCCCGCCCACUGCAUCUCCCGGCCCGGGUAAGGGUCGCGGUCGCGCACCCCCGGGACCGGCAACCCCCCAGCAGACGCACCAACUCGCUUAUCCCGACCCCCGUGCCUCGCCGCAGAUUGCCCGCCCGACGCCUCCAGGCCAAUCUCUAGUGCGCGAGCGGCCCGGUAACAUGCUGGCGAACUGGAACCUCGAUGAUUUGCCCCCGACUCAGAAGCGUGAGGGUGCCGAUUGGUUUGCCGUGUUCAACCCCGAAGUGCCGCGCGUGCUCGAUGUGGAAUUGGUGCAUCACCUGGUCCACGACAGUGUCGUGUGCUGCGUUCGCUUCAGUCGCGAUGGCAAGUAUCUGGCGACGGGCUGCAAUCGCUCGGCGCAGAUCUUCGACGUGAGCACUGGCCAGAAUGUGGCCACGCUCCAGGAUGAGAACGUCGACAAGGAUGGCGACCUUUACAUUCGCAGUGUGUGCUUCAGUCCGGACGGGAAGUACCUCGCGACCGGCGCCGAGGACAAGCAGAUCCGGGUUUGGGAUAUCGCUGCGCGCACCAUCAAGCACAUCUUCACUGGCCACGAGCAAGAUAUCUACUCCCUUGACUUCGCCGGCAACGGCCGCUACAUCGCCUCUGGUAGUGGGGACAAGACGGUGCGCCUGUGGGACAUUCUCGACGGCAAGCUCGUCUACACCCUUAGCAUUGAGGAUGGCGUCACCACGGUGGCGAUGUCUCCCGACGGUCACUACGUGGCGGCCGGUUCGUUGGACAAGAGCGUGCGCGUGUGGGACACCACGACUGGCUACUUGGUGGAGCGUCUGGAGAACCCGGAUGGCCACAAGGACAGCGUGUACUCGGUCGCGUUCGCCCCCAAUGGCCGCGACCUGGUCAGUGGCAGUCUGGACAAGACAAUCAAGCUCUGGGAGCUCAAUGUCCCGCGCAACGUCCAUCACGGCGGCUCCAAGGGCGGCAAGUGUUUGCGGACCUUCGAGGGCCACAAGGACUUUGUGCUCAGUGUGUGUCUGACGCCGGACGGCCAGUGGGUCAUGAGUGGCUCAAAGGACCGGGGGGUCCAGUUCUGGGAUCCGAUGACCGGGAACGCCCAGAUGAUGCUGCAGGGCCACAAGAACUCCGUUAUUUCGGUUGCGCCCAGCCCCACGAACAACCUGUUCGCAACUGGCAGUGGCGACAUGCGCGCCCGGAUCUGGAGUGGCUGA